AUGAUGGGCAUAAGUGGCGUCUGUUCCAAGAUCAUUGGUGAGUUGAUGCAAGUGUUAAAAGUUUCAAGAUCAAACUCGACUCACAUGGCUCCCAUUUCUGCUUCUUGCAAGCCACAAAGCAGUGAACGCCAGGAGCUGCUGCUGCAGGCACUGACUGCAGUUUUUGGAAUGGAAACCAACGGGAAGAUAAAGAAAGAAAAAGCGAGGCGGGUUGUGGAGAAUUUGGGGCUGAUAUAUGGGGAAGAAGAAAAGUCAAGCUUCGACCUGCCUGGUGAAGAAGAAGUGCCAGUUGAAGAGGCACUUGGGGACCUGGAAGAUGAGAAAAAACGCAAUGAGCUACUGCGUGAAGCGUUUAAGAUUUUUGAUGAAGAUGGCAAUGGCUUCAUUGAAGCAAAAGAGUUGAAGAGGGUGCUGGAGCGCCUUGGACUGGAUAAAGGGUGGGAUAUUUCUGAAAUUGAAAAGAUGUUGCAGGUUGUGGAUGUGAAUCUCGAUGGAAAAGUUGAUUUUACUGAGUUCGAAUUGAUGAUGGGUUGA